GCACAUUCCAAAGUCUACAUCCGUCUCUCUCAACGGAAGCGGGAAAAAAGCCCUACUGAGGUUUCAGGCGGGAGAGAAAGAGAUCGAUGGCGCCACUGGUCCCGAGCUCCCAGCCAUGGGUCGAGAAAUAUCGACCGAAGCAAGUGAAAGAUGUGGCUCAGCAGGAUGAGGUGGUCCGCGUCCUCACCAACACCCUUGAGACCUCAAAUUGUCCGCAUAUGCUGUUCUAUGGCCCACCUGGCACCGGGAAAACCACCACCGCUCUCGCCAUUGCCCGCCAGCUUUUCGGACCUGAACUCUACAAGUCUAGAGUUUUGGAGCUCAAUGCAAGUGAUGAUCGUGGGAUCAAUAUCGUGCGGACAAAGAUUAAAGACUUUGCUGCUGUGGCUGUGAAAUCUUGUAAAGGGCAGGGGGGUUACCCUUGUCCGCCAUUUAAGAUUAUUAUUCUUGAUGAGGCAGAUUCAAUGACAGAAGAUGCUCAGAAUGCCCUAAGACGUACAAUGGAAACUUACUCCAGAGGCUCAAGAUUCUUCUUUCUAUGUAAUUAUAUCAGCAGGAUCAUAGAGCCACUUGCAUCGAGGUGUGCCAAGUUCAGGUUUAAGCCACUUUCAGAAGAUAUAAUGAUCACCCGUGUGCUGCACAUUUGCCAAGAAGAAGGACUCGACCUGGAGCCAGAGGCUCUGUCAACAUUAAGUUCUAUCUCACAAGGUGAUCUUCGUCGAGCUAUCACAUAUUUGCAGUCAGCUGCUCGCUUGUUUGGAUCUUCUAUUACUUCAAAGGACCUGAUUAGUGUCUCCGGGGUCAUUCCGCAGGAGGUUGUCGAUUCAUUUUUUGCUGCUUGCAGAAGUGGCAACUUUGAUUUGGCAAACAAGGAAGUCAACAAUGUAAUUGCAGAAGGAUAUCCGGUUUCUCAGAUGUUUUCACAGUUGUUUGACAUUGUGGUCGAAGCAGAUGACAUAUCAGAUGAACAGAUUGCUAGAAUAUGCAAGAAAUUGGGCGAAGCAGAUAAGCGUCUUGUUGAUGGCAGUGAUGAGUACUUGCAGCUGCUGGAUGUUGCAAGCAGUACAAUGCGAGCUAUCUGUAACAUGCAAGAAGAUUUCUCUUAAGUGAAUCAUUUCGGAACACUCAGAUGCUAGGUGCAUCGUUCUCUAGUUAUUGAAUAUCUUUUUUCUGGAACAUGAUGUAUAACGGACAGAGCACUAGCUAAUGUUUAUCAUCUCUUAACAUGCGAUAGCUUGUUAGAUUUAGCAGUGAGCAUGGGAGACAUGGUAAGUGAUUACCGUUAAGUUUUACAGGAUUAUGAUUAAGAAAACAAUAUGAUUUUAGUCU